GGGUAAACUGGUAGCAGCCCCAAAUCAUAUGUCCAAUUGCUCUCUUUAUAAACGCAGGCAAGAACCCUCAUUUUUUGGCGGGAAAGAGGUUUUAGCGGAAGAAUCAAAGCCGGCAAAAGAAAUGGGAUCAGAAGCGGCGCCGCCGCCGAAAUGGGCGUCGACGCCGUGCAUAAUGGGCAUUGACGAAGCUGGGCGAGGCCCUGUUUUAGGACCUAUGGUGUAUGGAUGCAUGUACUGUGCACGCUCGUAUCAGAAAACCCUCUCCACUUUGAGUUUUGCAGACUCAAAGACUUUAAAAGAAGAGAAGAGGGAAGAGUUAUUUGAAAGUUUGAAAACUGAUGAAUCAAUCGGAUGGGAUGCCGAUGUUAUCGAUCCGAGAGAGCUGUCAGCCAAAAUGUUAAAGAAAAAUAAGAUAAAUCUAAAUGAAAUAUCACACAAUUCCGCAAUUGGGCUCAUCCAAAAGGCGUUGAACUUCGGUGUUCUUCUAACUGAGGUUUUUUUGGAUACUGUUGGAGAUCCCGAAAAGUACAGAGUAAAACUUUCCGAAAGAUUUCCUAAUAUCAAAUUUGUUGUUGCGAAGAAAGCUGACAGUCUUUAUCCUGUUGUAAGUGGUGCAAGUAUUGUUGCAAAGGUGACAAGAGAUAGAGCUUUGAGAAAUUGGGUGCUAGAAGAAACUGCAGAGGGCCUGCACAAGAAUUUCGGGUCCGGUUAUCCCGGAGAUCCACAGACAAAAUCGUGGCUCGAAGAUCAUAAACACUCAAUAUUCGGAUUCCCGUCAUUGGUCCGCUUCAGUUGGGGAACAUGCACAGCAUAUUCCAAAGACUUAGUCGAAGUCUUAUGGGAAUCGGAUGCUAAUGAUGAAGACGGAAACGGAAGGAGUAGCAAACGGCAAAAGAAACUUACAAGUGUCGGUUUCACAACGCUUAAGACAAAAAGUGAAGACAUUGAAUCGAGUGGUAAAGGCCGUUGCAAAUUUUUUCAAGCUCGUAAGCUUGAGCUACUUCCCCAGUUCUAAAGAUGUCUCAAAGCAGAAGGCAAACCAAAAUAGUAAAGGCAAAAUGAACAAGUUCGAGACGAUUGUGGCUGCACAUGCUCCGGUUGCGACUCACAUGAUUGUUAUGGUGGUUAUUAGCUGCACCGGCGGCUACAUAUAAGGGUACAACACCCGAACCUCGUUGCAUAUUGGGCGAGUGAGACUGAGAUCCACCUCUGCCACCACCUCUGCCGCCACUAGCGUGGCCAAAUUUGACCGGAUGAGCUGUUGAAAGAAUACAUAAAUUAAUUAUAUUUGUAUAUUUGCUUAAUUCAUAGAAAAUGAUGGAAAUAAUUAACCUAAAGGCAAGAUUUCUCGAGGAAUAUUACUCGAGGAUGGAAUAACACAAACGCAUAGGAAUGCCAUACUUAGAAUUAAUAUCUCCCCUUUGAUUCCCAUGCUUGCUUCUUCGACUCUCUUUUGCUCGUAUAAAUGACUCGUUUUAUUCAACGGAUAAAAAUCACUCUAGAGUUUAUAUUUCUA